UCCAACUACAGCAUUCAGUCCCAGCCCUCGAGUCGCAGCAGCGAUACCACCCAAGGCACCUCGCACAGCACACUCUUUCCCCCACCGCCCUUGCCGAACAGCUCGGCCACUGCCGCGGGCGGUGGUGGAAUGGCGAACAGCGAUGUCGUCACGCCAACCAACAAUAUCAUGAACAGCGUCGCCGACGCGAGCAGCUCUUUGUUCCAGAUAUGCGUUGCCCUGCGUCAACGUCUGCUCGGCGUGCCUGGCUUUCACGAUGCAUUGCUGGAGGAGGAAGCGGAGGCCGAUGAAGAUACAGACCCGGUAACUUUACUGUGGAGGACCUUCCGGCGAGGCUAUCCCCUCAUGCUGCUGUACAAUGCCUUGCGACCGUCUCAGCCUUUAAAUAUGCCGCAAGGCGUCAAGGAAGACAAGAAAGCGAAAGCUGCCACGUUCAAAUUCAUCCAGGCUUGCAACGCCGACCUGAAGAUUCCACAAGAAGAGUUGUUCAUCAUCACCGAUCUUUACGGCGACGACACCACCGGAUUCGUCAAGGUCGCCCGCGUGGUGAAUCGAGUGUUGGAUGUAUUGGUUCAGCGUGGAUUGGUGGAGGAUGUGCGACCCACCGCCUCCGACUUUGAGCAAGCCGAAAAAGGCAUGAAACGAACCCAACGGCAACACAUUAUCUCAGAGUUGGUCAGGUCAGAAAGAACAUAUGUGCAGCAUCUGGAACUAUUGCAGGCUUUCAAGCAUCUCGUAGAGGAGAAGGGCAUCAUCGCUGGUGAUGCCGUCCAUGACAUAUUCCUGAACCUCAACGCGCUCUUGGACUUUCAGCGCCGCUUUCUGAUCCGAGUGGAACAAACCAACGCCCUCCCGGAAGAAGAGCAGAAUUGGGGUAAACUCUUUUUGCUUUACUGCGAAGCAUUCAAAGUGUACGAACCAUACAUUGCCAACCAGCGGAAGUGCGAAAAGACUGUCAUCGCCGAAUUUGCCAAAUUACGCGAGGCGGGAGGGAGCAUCGAAAUGCAGCAGAUGGUCGAGUCUCCAACCGCGCUCCACUCUUUCUUGAUGAAGCCAUUUCAGAGAUUGACCAAGUAUCCGCUUUUACUGGAGCAACUUCAUAAGAAGGGCGAUCUAGAUGAGGCGAGAAAGCAAGACUUGGUCAAUGGCAUGGAAGCUUCAACAUCCGUCCUGACGCGAACAAAUAAGGCUGUUGACAGAGAAGAGAAGGCAGAAGCAGUCCAAGAAUUGAAAUUGCGAGUCGAGGAUUGGAAAGGUCACCGAGUGGAAGGCUUCGGAGAGCUUCUGCUCUACGGCACCUUCACUGUCUUGAAGAGCGAGAAUCUCGCAAACGGCAAAGACGGCGAGCGACAGUACCACGUCUACUUAUUUGAGACCAUCUUGCUUUGUUGCAAGAACAUUGACCUCAGCAAGCCCAAGAACAAACUAUCGAAUAAGAAUCUGGUCGACAACAAGGGCAAGCCGAAGCUUCAGCUCAAGGGUCGAAUCUUCAUGCAAAAUGUUACUGACUUGGUAUCUCUAGCGAAACCAGGCUCAUACACAUGUCAGAUUUUCUGGAAAGGCGAUCCUAGCAUCGAAAACUUCAUCAUUAGGUUCACCACUGAAGAUACCCUCAAGAAAUGGGCACAACAGAUUGAGAUCCAACGACGAAAAUACCGGGAGAGAAUCGUUGGCGCAAGAAGCAGUGACAGCAGCAGUCACAAAGGCACGAGCGCAACCGAGUUCUCGUUCAUGCAGAAUCAACCCCUCGAGAAUCCAUACAAGGAGAUCGAAGAAGACGAUGAUGAGGACGACGUUGACACACUGGCUGGUAGUGGCAGCUGGUCAGGUCCGAAUGGCUUCAGCAGUUUCUCACAAAGCCGCAAUGGCAGCUCUAGCUCAUUACGAUCGAGAAGCACAACGGGCGACAGCACUUUGGGCUCUAUUUCGGAGACAUCGGCUACGCGGUCACACCCACCUCGAAUACCCACUGCAGUUAUGCCGCAAGGACUAUCGUUGCGGACGCGAGAAUUGCAACAACUCGCACAAUCACCCGGCGACAGACAGAUAGACAGCUACUUUUCGCCUACCACCGACUCUCCCAUGUCGGCAAUGUCAUCACGGACAAGCACAAGUUCUGGCAUUUACCCCUUCCCAAGGCAAGGGCUUCCACAGAACGGAUACUAUGAAGAGGGUCACGGCGCGACACGAUUUACUGCGCCAGCACCGGCACGCCAGCCGAUGAAUGGAACCAUGUCAAAUCGACAAUAUUCCAAUGCUGAGGCGUCACCCACUGACUAUGCGUAUCCAGGGAGACCAGGCAUGCUUACUCAGUUUGGUAGCUCGAGGACGAUCACCCCAUCGUCUUCACGAGUGGCAUAUCCGCCUCCUACGCCCUCGUCGGGAAUGCCGUUUGCAGCGCCGGGCGAAGAAGGACCGCCGACUCAAAAGACAACUCCAGCACAACUCAAGGUGCGGGUUCAUUGUCCCGCUGCGGGUCAAACCCUGACACUGGUCGUGUCAACAAACAUAACAUAUCAGACCUUGAAGGACCGAAUAGAUGCGAAACUUCAACGAUCUACAAACUUGAGCCUUGGAGACAGGGGCCCGAAAGAAGCACACGUGAAGCUGAAGUAUCUUGACGAGGAUGAUUUUGUUAGUAUCCAGUCUGACGAAGACGUGCAAACAGCCUUCGAAACCUGGAAAGAACAACACGGAGAAGGAAUAGGAGGGAUGGGAGAGAUCGAGCUCUAUUGCCAAAAAUGA